AUGGCGGACUCCGGCAACAUCAAGGUCGUCGUCCGAUGUCGACCCAUGAACUCGAGAGAGCGGAAUCGUGGCGCUUCCAACCUCAUCGAAUUCAAGGACGGCAACCAGCUCGUUCUCCAACCUCCCUCCGAGGGCGACAGCAGAGAGAAUGCCAAAGCCACCAAGAAGAAGGCCAUGCCCUUCUCCUUCGACCGCGCCUACGACGAGAACACAGAGCAGGACACCCUCUUCCAGUACAUCGGCGUCGAGCUCCUCGAACAUGCCUUCAACGGUUUCAACACCUGCGUCUUUGCCUACGGCCAGACCGGCUCCGGCAAGUCGCACUCCAUGGUCGGAUAUGCAGAGGCAAAGGGCCUCAUCCCGCUCACCUGCUCGCGCCUCUUUGACGACAUUCGCGACAAGACCGAGUCCGACCAGCACCUUCGCAUCACCGUCGAAGUCAGCUACAUCGAAAUCUACAACGAAAAGGUGCGCGACCUCCUCAAUCCAAAGACCAAGGGCAACCUCAAGGUGCGCGAACAUCCGAGCCUGGGCCCUUACGUCGAGGACCUCAGCAAACUCGUUGUCGGCAGCUUCCGCGACAUCGAAAACCUCAUGGACGAAGGCAACAAGGCAAGAACCGUCGCCGCCACCAACAUGAACGAGACCAGCUCCCGCUCCCACGCCGUCUUCACCCUCGUCCUCACCCAGAAACGCUUCGAUCCAGACACAAACCUCGAGGCCGAAAAGGUGUCGCGCAUCUCGCUCGUCGAUCUCGCCGGCUCCGAGCGCGCCAACUCCACAGGCGCCACCGGCGCACGUCUCAAGGAGGGCGCCAACAUCAACCGCUCCCUCACCACCCUCGGCAAGGUCAUCGCCGCACUCGCCAUCGCCAGCUCCGCAGAACCCGCAAAGCCCGGCGCCAAAAAGUCAAAGGCUGCAGCUGCACUCGACAGCUUCGUGCCCUACCGUGACUCGGUCCUGACCUGGCUCCUCAAGGACAGCCUCGGCGGCAACUCCAAGACCGCCAUGAUCGCCGCCAUCUCCCCCGCAGACUACGAGGAGACGCUCAGCACGCUCCGCUACGCCGACCAGGCAAAGAAGAUCAAGAACAAGGCCGUCGUAAACGAGGACCCAAACGCCAAACUCAUCCGCGAGCUCAAGGAGGAACUCGAGAUGCUCCGCACCCGCGUCGCCGGCGGCGGCGGCAUCGAGGGCGAGGGCAGCUGGGAUCCGUCAAUACCCCCCGAAAAGCAGGUCGUCCGCUACCAGACCAAGUCCGGCGAGAUCAAGACCGUCACCAAGGCCGAACUCCAGGAGCAGCUCGAGCAGAGCGAGAAGAUCAUGAGCAGCCUCAACGAGAGCUGGGAGGAAAAGCUCGCAAAGACGCACGCCAUCCAGAAGGAGCGCGAAAAGGCGCUCGAGGAGCUCGGCAUCUCGGUCGACAAGGGCAACGUCGGCGUACACACGCCCAAGAAGCUGCCCCACCUCGUCAACCUCAACGAGGACCCGCUCAUGUCCGAGUGCCUCAUCUACCAGAUCAAGCCCGGCCACACGCUCGUCGGCAACCUCGAGAGCGGCGCAGACGUCCACAUCAAGCUCAGCGGCACAAAGAUUCUCGCAAACCACUGCACCUUUGACCACACCGACGGCAUCGUCACCGUCACCGCCAUGCCCGACAGCAUGACCAUGGUCAACGGAAAGCGUCUCGCGCCCCAAGAGCCGAAGCGUCUUCGAUCCGGAUACCGCGUCAUCCUCGGCGAUUUCCACGUCUUCCGCUUCAAUCACCCAGAGGAAGUCAGAAAAGCAAGGGACCGCGUCCGCUCCACCCUCGCCCUCUCCACCGGCGAGGCCCAGAACGAGACGCUGCUCGAUGGCGACACUCCGGCCACCCGUCCCGACUCUCCAGCGUCCGGCGACGUCGAUUGGACCUACGCCCGCAGGGAAUACGCGCUCGCAAAGCUCAACGGCCAGAACGUCAACUUUGACAAUCUCAACGAGGAGGACCUCGAGAAGCUCUUUGAGGACAUCUCGCGCGCUCGCUCCAAAAAGUCGAUGGGCGGCGCGCUCGGCAGACCCGAGAGCAGGGCGAGUCUGUUCGACGACAACGCCAGCGAGUCGGCCAGCUCGGUCGUCCGCCCCUACUCGCUCGGCGCCAUGACAGACGACACCAGCAUCGAUCCCUGGAGCCAGGCUGGCAGCGAGAUGGGCUCCAUGCGCCUGGGGCCCGCCACACCCAUGAAGGACUCGCCGUACUUCAACGCCGCCGCGUCGCCGUCGGUCGAGGCAGCAGCAGCGGCGCGUCAUCGCGAGACCGAGUCGCUGCGUGCAAAGGUGCGCGAGUACGAGGAGAAGCUCAGGGUCGGAUCGCCGCGCCUCGCUGAUGGUCCAAACGAAUACAGCGACACGCACAAGGCGCUGUUGCGCAACGUACUCGCAAAGUGGAAGGGCCACACCACCGUCUCCAUGGCCGAGGACGCCCUGUCCAAGGCCGUGCUCGUCAAGGAGGCCAACGUGAUCAGCAAGGAACUUGGCAAGCGCGCCACCUACCAGUUCACUGUAGUCGAUGAUUUUCCUCUCGCCGUCCCGACGUCGGGCGUCGAGGCCAUCGCCGGCCUCACCGAGUUCGACGACGUGGCCGAUCCGGACCUUGCCGCGUGCGCCAAGCCGUGCAUGGGCAUCAAGGUGCUCGACUACGUCCACCAGACAUGCUACGUCUGGUCCAUGCCCAAGUUCGAGCAGCGCCUCCAGAAGAUGCGCAACCUGUAUACGUUUGUGGACAAGCCCGAGUACUCGCAGCACUUCAACUGGUCCGACCCGUUCUACGAGUCGCCGACGCCGAUGUACGCCUUUGUCGCAAGCACGCUCGUCCCGCUCAGCCCGCUCUCGCGCCAGAUCUCUACCAAGUACAGGCUGCCGCUGCACGAUCGCCACACGGGCCGCCAGAUCGGUUCGUGCAGCGUCUCGCUCAAGUUUGUCAGCAUCGCGCCCGUGCCCGCCAACGGCCGCAGCUCGUUGGCUGCCGCAGCGAGCUUGGCGGCUCCCAGCGGCGCUUCGUCGCGCGGGCCCAGCUCGCCCACGCCGUCGUCGACGCACAUCAACGGCGGGCCCGACCUGCCUGUGGGCCAGAAGUUCGGCUUCCAGGUGCUUGUCGACUCGGUCUCGGGCCUCUCGCGCGACGAGUUUGCCGGCGUGCAUCUGCAGGUCAAGCUCAGCUCGUUCGCGGGCAACGAGCUGGGCAAGGACGAGUCUUACACCUCGGUGCCCGUCGAUCUCGCGAGCGAAGAGAGCCUCGCCGAGGUGCGCCUGCGCAGGACGCUCUCGUUUGUGCUCACCGCCGAGUCGAUGCACUGGCUGCGCACCGGCUUUGCGCCCAUCGAACUGUACGCCAAGCUCAAGCCGCAGUAUCUCGUUGCGCUCGAACAGCACGACAGCGAGCGCGAGAGCAUCGACGACCGAGCCGUCAACUUUGCGCCUCUGCACUCGCUCAGCAAUGGCGACUCGGGAUCGAUCCGUGGAGGAGGUACGGGACGCCGCACCACCAUGUCGAAUACGAUGAAGGAGCGGCUGUCGGAGAACGAGAUGCGCGGCGAGGAGCGCCACCACAUUCUAGCUUCGGUGCAGAUCUGCGAAUUGGACGCGUCGGGCGAGUACAUGCCCGUCCCCGUGCGCGCGCAGUCGGCUCUCGAUCCAGGCUCGUUCUUCCUUCGCCAGGGUCUGCAGCGCAAGCUGGUCCUGCAUCUUACGCACGACUCGGGCCGGCAGCUGCUGUGGAGCAAGGUGACCAAGCUGGAGCUGGGCGAUGUGCGGCUGCUGGAUGCGCGCGGGCGCGUGCAUGGCGGCAAGGCAUCGGACACGGUGCAGCUCAAGGUGCCGGCCAAGCAACAGACGCUCGAGUUCCCCGCCAACGGCACCAGCGAGCUCGGCCUAUGGGCGUGGUGGGACAGCAGCGUGCACGACAGCCUGCAUCUCAACCGCACCACCGCCAGUGGACAUCGCGUGCUGGCGCGCCUGGCCUUCGAGAUCGAGAUCGAGCGCUGCGCCGCACCCGUGGCCUUCUCGAUGGACGUCGCCGUGUCGAUCAACAGCCGCGACGCCAAGCCGCCAGGCAGGCUGAUGAGCCUCAUCGAGUCCGCCACCAGCGGCGCGAGGACACUCACCAAGACGAGUGCGAUCUUCAGCGUGAAGCUCGUGCCGCCCAUGAUCAAGAAGACGGCGGAGCUGUGGCGGCUCGAUACGGCCAACAAGUACGUGCGCGGACAGGAGGCGCUGCGCGGAUGGAAGGCGCGCGGGACGAGUCUGGUGCACGACCAUGCGCGGCUGAUGCGGGCCGAGGAGCGUCGUGCCGAGGUGGAAGGUGUGCGUGCGCUGCUGCGUGCGCAUCCGCCGCUCGCGCUCAGCAUGUCCCCCUCGGGCGCUGAGGCGGACAAGGUGGAGCUGCUGGAACGCACGCUUGCGCUGUGGCAGCGUGCGGUGCGCGAUGCCAAGAUGCAGGUCGUGAUCGCGGAACAGCCGUCGUCGAACGGCGAUGGUGCGCCGUCCGGGGCCGCGCAGCUGGUGGGCAUGUUUGAGCGCGAAGACACGGCGGGGCUGGGCAUCGAGACCUUGCGCGUGGACGAAGCGGAAAAGCCCAAGCUGACUGCCCAGGUGACGCUGGUGGCGCGCAGCGACAAUGCGACCAAGCGCGGCUGGCUCGAGAUGCCGGUGGAGGCGUUUACGGACCAGUGGACACGGCGGUGGUUCGCGCUGCGCCGGCCGUUCCUCUACAUCUACGCCAGCAGCGCCGAGACGGACGAGCUGAUGGCGGUGCAUGUCGCCAGCGUGCGCGUCGAGCACGACGCCAACAUCGAGCGCAUGCUCGGCCGCCAACACGUGUUUGGCGUGUACACCAGCAGCAACUCGUACUUCCUCCAGGCGCCCAGCGACAAGGACAUGCACGCCUGGAUGGUCGCCCUCGACUCGCUCUACCAGCCCGAGUCGGGUGUGGAGACGUAG